AUGGCGAACACCCAGCUCCCCAUCACAUCACAAACCUCACCCACAAUCUACUUCGGCUACGGUUCCAACCUCUGGCUCCACCAAAUGAGCACCCGCUGCCCAACAUCCAAAUACCUAGGCGUCGCCCGCCUGCCUAACUACCAUUGGAUCAUCAACGACCGCGGCUACGCGAACGUCGUCGAAUCCCCCAAGCAAAACUCGACCUCCAAGUCUUCUUACUCUGACGUCGUAUUCGGACUGGUCUACUCUCUCUUACCAGAAGACGAAAAGAGACUAGAUAAAAACGAGGGCGUACCGGUCGCAUACACAAAAGAGAUGCUCACGUGCGAUUUCUGGCCUUCAGACACAGAGCACAAGGUUGAUACUAGCAAGCAUCCAGAGAAAAAAGAGUCUAUGCUCGUUUACAUUGAUCGGAAUCGUGUUACGCCGGAUAAGCCGCGCGACGAGUAUGUUUACAGGAUGAAUCAGGGGAUCGCUGAUGCAGUCAAGUUGGGGGUACCAGAGGGCUAUGUGAGAGACAUGAUGAGGCAGUACAUUCCGGCUGAAGAGGACGAGGAGGGGAAGGAGGGGGAAAGGGAGAAGAUGGCGGAGUUUGCCAGAGGGCAGGCGGCAGAGUUUAGGGAUGAGAGUGGUGUGAUGCAAUAA